AUGCUUAUUUUAGGAAUUACUGUUGAUACAGACCAAGAAGAUUUUCUCAUACUCAAACAUAUAUAUAUGAACACAUUAAUGAAUAAGAGCAUAGAUAUUCUACAUCAACUAGGCCUUGGAGGCAAAGAUGUAAGACACUCAUCAUCAGGGACUGCUGUACCAUCAUCAUCUACACCAUUACCUCAGGGGGUUCAUUUAACAGAAUCUGGUGUCAUUUUAACAAAUGAUGCUUAUGUUGAGUCACCUCUCAUGAAAAUUUUACCUGUCAACUUAGUACAACCAUUUACAAUAUUAAUUGGGUUACAAUCACAUAGAGUAAACAAUGCAUUUCUCUUCAGCAUUAGAAAUAAAAAUAGACUGCAAUUAGGAGUUCAAUUACUGCCUAAAAAAUUAAUGGUAUACAUUGGAGGAAAGCAGUCUGUAUUUUUCAACUACAGUGUUCAUGAUGAAUUAUGGCACUCAUUUGCCAUUAAUAUUAGAAACAAAGUUGUCUCAAUGUUUACUGACUGUGGAAAGAAAUACUUUAGCAAAGAGACUUUUUCAGAAGUUCAAACUUUUGAUUCUAGCAGUGUGUUUACCUUAGGAAGUAUGAAUAAUAAUUCUGUCCAUUUUGAAGGAAUAGUAUGUCAGUUGCAUAUUAUUCCUUUUGCAGAAGCAUCUGCAAACUAUUGCACAUACGUGAAACAGCAAUGUCGCCAAGCAGGCACAUACUGGCCUGAGACAAGCCUUCCUCGCACAACUGUCAUACCAUCUGAAAUACUGGAAAACUCUCCUUUGCUCAAACCAUUUGAUGAAAAAGUACUGUCAGAACACACGUUGACUGAUGGCAGACACAUUUCACAUAUCCUAAAUAAUGAUUCUGCAACAGUGCAUAAACAAGAACACCGGAUACCAGGAUCUCAGUUAACAUCUCUUCCUUCGGAGAACGUGUCUGCUGCGGAUCUCUUGAACCAUGGAAUUCAGGCCAAAGAAAUGAUCACUUCGGAACCUACUCAGACAAAUUUAAGCUUAUCAAUGACACAUCAGCAUCUCAGUGAGGCAAGAACGACCACCAAGGAGAAAUUUAGUUCUCUUCUAAAUGCUUCCAGCAUCACACAGCAUAACAAUAGAGAAACUGGUCUCUCAUCAUUUAUGAAGAUGUCGUCUAUUCUUCCACGUAUAGAACAAGAUACGAUCAAUAAUCUCAAGAAGGCUAUUACAGCAAAUGUUUACACUAAUGAACUCAUAGAAAUGCAACAGAUUGUAAACACAACCUUAUACAGAGUGACGGAUGAGUUUUCUGUGGAUAACCACCUUGAUCUGAGGAAGGAAGGUGAAUUUGAUCCUGAUGCCACUUAUCCCAUUGAAAAUAGCUAUGGAACUGAGCUUCAUGAUUAUUAUUAUUAUGAAGAUCUUAACACAAUGCUCGAAAUGGAGAAUCUGAUAGGGCCAAAAGGGGAUACUGGACCACCCGGUCCACCUGGCCCAGCAGGUAUCCCUGGUCCAGCAGGAAAGAGAGGUCCAAGGGGCAUACCAGGGCCAUAUGGAAAUCCUGGGUUACCUGGACUACCAGGUCCAAAGGGCCUUAAAGGAGAUCCAGGAUUAUCCCCAGGUCAAGCUAAUUCUGGAGAAAAGGGGGAUCAAGGCCUUUCUGGAUUAAUGGGUCCCCCUGGUACGCAAGGUGAAAAGGGUCUCAAAGGACAUCCAGGGCUCCCAGGGCUCAGAGGUGAACAAGGAAUUCCAGGAUUCACUGGUAAUAUUGGUUCACCUGGUUACCCUGGCAGGCAGGGUUUAGCUGGACCAGAAGGUAAUCCAGGUCCUAAAGGUGUAAGAGGUUUCAUUGGCUCUCCUGGAGAAGUAGGACAACUGGGACCUGAAGGAGAGAGAGGCAUACCUGGGAUGCGUGGAAAGAAAGGUCUUAAGGGAAGACAGGGUUUCCCAGGUGACUUUGGAGACAGAGGCCCUGCUGGUCCUGAUGGCAGUCCUGGACUUGUAGGCAGCAUUGGCCCACCAGGAUUUCCUGGACUUAGAGGCAGUGUUGGCCCUGUGGGACCAGUUGGACCUUCUGGAAUUCCUGGCCUAAUGGGUCUCUCAGGGAAUAAGGGGCUACCAGGAAUCAAAGGUGAUAAGGGUGAACAAGGCAUUGCAGGAGAGCCCGGAGAAUCAGGGUAUCCUGGAGACAAGGGAGCCGUUGGUUUGCCAGGACCUCAGGGAAUGAGAGGAAAGCCAGGACCUUCAGGCCAAACAGGUGACCCAGGACCCCAGGGACCAUCUGGCCCUCCAGGACCAGAGGGUUUUCCAGGAGAUAUUGGGAUUCCUGGACAAAACGGCCCUGAAGGACCAAAGGGACUUAUUGGAAAUAGAGGACCUCCGGGACCUCCUGGCCUCAAAGGAACUCAGGGAGAAGAAGGACCAGUUGGACCGUUUGGAGAACUGGGGCCAACUGGAAAACCAGGUCAAAAGGGUUAUGCAGGUGAACAAGGACCAGAAGGCUUAAAGGGAGAAGUAGGAGAUCCAGGAGACAUUGGAAAAAUUGGUGAAACAGGACCUGUUGGUUUACCUGGAGAAGUUGGGAUGACAGGAAGCACUGGGGAAAAGGGAGAGCGUGGAAGUCCAGGCCCACUGGGUCCCCAGGGGGAAAAAGGUGUUAUGGGAUAUCCAGGUCCUCCUGGGAUUCCAGGACCUGUGGGUUCACUAGGAUUACCUGGUCAUGUGGGAGCGAGAGGAUCACCUGGGAGUCAAGGUCCUAAAGGAAGAAGAGGACCAAGAGGGCCAGAUGGUCUGUCAGGGGAACAAGGUAUACAAGGUGCCAAGGGUGAAAAAGGAGAUCAAGGAAAAAGAGGGCCUCAUGGUCUUAUUGGUAAGACGGGAAAUCCUGGAGAAAGAGGAACUCAAGGGAAAAAAGGAUUACCAGGACCUCCUGGAAGCACAGGAGACAGGGGACUUGCAGGCGAACCAGGACCACGAGGACUGCAAGGUGAUGCUGGAUCUCCUGGAGAAAUGGGUGCCGAGGGACCUCCAGGCAUUGAGGGAGAAUCUGGUCUACAAGGCGAGCCAGGUGCAAAGGGAGAUGUUGGUGCUACAGGCAGUGUUGGAAGCACUGGAGAGCCAGGGUUACGGGGUGAACCAGGAGUUCCUGGAGAAGAAGGUCUCCAGGGAAAAGAUGGAUUAAAGGGGAUCUGUGGAGGAAGAGGACUCCCUGGAGAAGAUGGAGAAAAAGGAGAGUUGGGCUUACCAGGAACUACCGGGCCCACGGGUAGACCAGGACAAAUGGGCCCUCCGGGACCUGAAGGAAUUGUGGGAAUUCUAGGACAAACAGGCCGUCCAGGGAAAAAGGGUGAAAAAGGACAAAUGGGACCCACAGGAGAAAUUGGAAGCAGAGGUGCUCUUGGACAAAUUGGGGAAAGUGGUCCUAAGGGUGCCAGAGGAACUAGAGGUGCUGUGGGACACUUAGGAUUGAUGGGUCCUAAUGGAGAACCAGGGAUUCCAGGAUAUAGGGGCCAUCAAGGUCAACCAGGACUUUCUGGGUUACCAGGACCUAAAGGAGAAAAGGGCUACUCAGGAGAAGAUAACACAGUCCUAGGAUCACCUGGGCCUCGAGGUGAACCAGGUCCAAUAGGGGAACGAGGAGAGAGAGGAGGGCCUGGAGCAGAGGGGUAUAAGGGUCAUGUGGGUCUACCAGGACCAAGAGGUGCCAGUGGACAACAAGGGCCCCCAGGUGAGCCAGGUGAACAGGGUGAACAAGGACUGAAAGGAGAGAGAGGAUCUGAAGGUCCUAAGGGGAAAAAAGGAACACCUGGCCCAUCUGGGAAACCUGGAAUUCCUGGACUUCCAGGCCUACCAGGGCCAAAAGGGAUCCAAGGAUACCAUGGAGCAGAUGGCAUUUCAGGAACUCCUGGAAAAGCUGGGCUGCCAGGAAAACAAGGACUUCCUGGUACCAAAGGCAGCCCAGGAACAACAGGACUGGCUGGUUCUCCAGGUCCUCAAGGAGCAAAGGGCUCAGCAGGCCUGCCAGGAAGCCCAGGACUUCUAGGCCCAAAGGGUGAACAAGGACUACCUGGUGAACCUGGAAGGCAAGGUAAAAGAGGCCUCCGAGGAGUACAAGGUGAUCAAGGACCACGUGGAGAGCCUGGCCUGAAAGGGCAACUUGGAGAACAUGGUGCUCAAGGUUUGAGAGGUUUCCAAGGAUUCCCAGGUCCCAAAGGUCCUGAGGGAGAUAUUGGAAUUUUUGGAAUAUCUGGUCCUAAAGGUCCUAUUGGACAAAGAGGAAAGACUGGCCCCUUUGGCAGAGAAGGUGUAAUAGGCCCAACAGGUAGAACUGGACCCAAAGGUGAAAAGGGAUUUAGAGGUGAAACUGGUCCCCAAGGACCAAGAGGCCGGCCUGGGCCUCCAGGUCCACCUGGAGCACCGGGUCCAAGAAAACAAAUGGAUAUCAAUGCUGCUAUUCAAGCUUUGAUUGAAUCAAAUACUGCCUUACAGAUGGAGAGCUACCAGAAUACUGAAGUGACUUUACUCGACCACAGUGCAGAGAUAUUCAAAACCCUGAACUACCUUAGCCUUCUACUGCACAGCAUCAAGAAUCCUCUUGGCACGCGAGAUAACCCAGCACAAACCUGCAAAGAUUUACUUAACUGUGAACACAAAGUAUCAGAUGGAAAAUAUUGGAUUGAUCCAAAUCUUGGAUGUUCUUCAGAUGCCAUUGAGGUCUUCUGCAAUUUCAGUGCUGGUGGCCAGACAUGUUUAUCUCCUGUUUCUGUGAAAAAGUUGGAGUUUGGAGUUGGGAAAGUCCAAAUGAACUUCCUUCAUUUACUGAGCUCAGAAGCCACUCAUAUCAUCACCAUUCACUGUCUAAACACCCCAGUAUGGACAAGUGGACAGAGAAGUGGCUCAGGACUGAGCAUCGGUUUCAAGGGAUGGAAUGGACAGAUUUUUGAAGAAAACACUCUACUUGAACCUAAAGUGCUCUCAGAUGACUGCAAGAUUCAAGAUGGCAGCUGGCAUAAGACAAAAUUCUUUUUUCACACCCAAGACCCUAGUCAACUUCCAGUGGUGGAAGUACAAAAACUUGCUCAUCUCAAGACUGGAUGGAAGUACUACAUUGAAAGCAGUUCUGUGUGCUUCCUCUAA